CCGCAACAGGGCCAUGCUUCAUGCGCUCAGGUCGCUUGGUAGACGGGCGCGGCGAGGCAAGGCAUACGACGAUCGCCACGAUGCCAUUUCGCGGCAGGCCUUCGCGAGGCUGCGAGACGUGUCGUCGACGCAAGAUAAAGUGUGAUCUCCGCGACGGCGGUUGCGCCAAGUGCGAAAAGGCUGGGUGGCCGUGCGAGGGAUACCGCGACAUCACGGACCUCAUGUUCCACGACGAAAGCGCCAAGACGAAGGCAAAGGUGACUGCUGGACAGGGGUCUCGACGUCGUCAGGCUCGUCUCGAGAAGUCGCCGUCGCCAUCUCCGGCUUCAGCGUCGGCGGCUUCCAGCGCAAGCGCAUCGCCGGCCGCAAGCCCCAAGACUGGGCCAUCAACUGAGCUCGUUGCUCUGUCGCUGCCCGCCGAGCCCUCCUUGGCGCCUGCCAUCGACGACAUGGCCAUCGGCUAUUUCUUCGACCAAUACGUCUUCCGAUAUCGAGACAGGCGAGAUUCGUGGUACAUCGAAGACGGCAACGGCUGUCUCCUCGCCGCAAUCAAGGCUUUGGGCACCGCCGGCGUCAUCAAGCGGACCGCACCACGCCCGUCGGCCGAUCCUGAAGCUCGCAAGCACUACUUGACUGCCCUGCAAUUGACCAACUCUGCUCUGCGCUCACCCGACGACGUGAAGAGAGACAGCACGCUGCUUGCGAUCGUCAUUCUCGGCAUCUUCGAGGCCGUCAGCGGGUUCCAGCAAAAUCUCGACACCUGGCGAGACCACGUCAAUGGCGCUGCGUCCCUGCUGCAGCUCCGCGGCAGAGAUCAGUUCAAGACCCAGACUGGCUGUCGCCUGUACCUCCAGACCGUCCUCAAUCUGAUCAUCAGCUGCUUGAGCCGUCGAAUACCCAUCCCCGACCACGUGCGCGUCGUCCACAAGAUUGCCGAGCAAUACAUUCCCGACCCCAAGGACAGCGUCUGGAGGUUCACAAUUGCAAGCAUGCGUCUUGCCGACCUGAACGCUCGCCUACUGCCGGGAAACUUUCCCAUUUCGAGCACACAGGCUCCACACAUCGUGGAGGAUGCUCUCGCUCUCUACGCCGAGAUCGAAUCGGCACUUGCCGAUGCUCCAGGAGAUUGGAAACCGCGACUCGUCGGGGCCACAGGACCCGUCGUAUAUGCUGACUACUACUACGUCUUUGACAGUUACCUGGUAGCACAAAUGUUCUGCGGCAUGUGCAGCUAUCGAAUCAUGCUCAUAGACAUUUUAAGAAAGGCAGUGGCAAAUUGCAGGACAACCGGCUAUAAAUUGCCUCCACAGCAGCUGGAACAAGUUCAGUACUGCCUCGGGUCACUCAGACAACUUCAGAUGGCCAUCUUGGCUGUGGUACCGCAGCAUCUCGAAGACAGAUUUAAGAUCGUGCAUUCGAAACUUCCGGAGGGAACACAAGAUCUAACAUGCACUGGCUUUCGAAUUCGUGAUCACAAUCCAUUCCGAGGCAUUUGCAGCGAGGGCCGCGAGCUUCCAUUCGUUCGCAUGGCAGGCGGCUUUCAGAUUCAGUUCCCAAUAUUCACAGCUGGAGCUUCGGAUGCUCCAGGCGGACCCAUCCGGACCUGGGUGAUCGGUAUGCUGAAGCUUCUGGGCCAAAGCAUUGGCAUACAGCAAGCAUUCGUGCUUGCAUCGCAGCUUGAAGGUGUGCACGGACCCCUAUGGGACGUCUUGCUCUGA